AUGGCCACCCCUUGCGACGUGUCUCUCGCCGCUCACGCUGGGAACUGCAGCAGUCCGGAGACAUUUGAGCAUGUCUGGGCAAGGCAUUGCGGCCGCCACUCAGGUGAGGCCGCACCGCUGCGUUUCCUGCCGAAGCUGGACUUGCACUGUCAUCUGAACGGCAGCAUUAGCCCUCCCCUGCUGCUUCACAUGGAGUGUCUGCUGCAAGGACAGAGUCACACCACCAGUCACGCGGCGUCGAGGAACGAGGUGGUGGAUUUGGUUUUUGAACGUGUUGGGCAGGUGGGCAGGGCUCUGGGGCAAUUCACCGACCCCAACGAGCGCAUGAGCUACUGCUUCCAGGUCUUUGAUAACAUUUACAAGGUCAUGACCAACAUCGCCUUCACACGGAUGGUGGUGCAGGAUUUGCUGCUACACUCCGCGGCGGAAAACAUGUUUAUCCUCGAGAUACGAACUUCUUUGCGGCAGGGCCUAUACGCGACCCCACACGCCGCGGCGCACAGGAUUGAGGCGGAGCGUGUCACAAAGAAGGCGUACGUCGAGACCGUAAUUCACACCGUGGAGCACCUCAUGCACGGUGGUCUGGUGGAUUUUGAAACUGGUGCAUUGCUGCCUGCUGGUGCACCCGUUUCCCCGACAUGGUGGUUAUACUUCCGGAAGUUGUACGGCUCGCUUGCCUCCAACGCGAUGGAUGACCCUUUUGAGCAUGGCGCGGAGGCAGACACAACACGGGUAACGCACGAUGCCAACCCGGCGCAGGCGGAAAAAUUGUUGGACAGGCUUCGUGAGCAGCUAAUGCAUCGCAUGCAUGUUCGCCUCAUUGUGUCCAUUAACCGCGGCCACGACGCGGAGGCGGCAUGGGAGGCUGUGACGCUUGCGAAGGCGAUUCAAAAGGAGCAACUGCUGCGUUUUUUCGCGUUUCUGCAUGCAGACAUUGCCAUCUCUCAAAGCACGCGACAACAGACGAUGUCACAGUAUGGGGAAGUGAUUCGGCGAACGUGCUGGGUGACAGGUGUGGACUUCUCCGGCCACUGCGUCAAGAACCACUUUGCGGACUUUAUCCCGGCGCUUAUGGAGGCACGGCGUGGCAACGCCGGUGCAUCGUCGUCAACAUCUUUCUCCUUUCCCUCCUACGCAUCACUUGGGAUCACUCUGCAUGCGGCCGAGAAGGACGACCCGGGUGAGUUGGCCGCGAUGGUGAAGUUUGCCCCGGAUCGCUGGGGGCAUCUGGUCUACACCGAUCCCACGAACCGGGCCGCCAUUAUCGCACGACACGAUGCCAUUGAGUUGUGCAUCACCAGCAACACCGUGACAGGAGGUUACGCGGAGGUGGAAAGGCACCACAUUGGGGAUAUUCUCCAACAGCAGCAGGACCACAAGGGGGAAGCGGAGUGUGAUGGGAUGAACCCCGAAUUACUCCAGGCCCUUACAACCGAGUCUAGCCUUGCGGCGGCCAUGCAGUGUCGGGUGCAGCGGCGUUUGGCUAGAUGGGGGCAAUUGCCUGCGUUGGGUGGCGCAGCGACUGCUAUCCCAAAUGUAUCCUUUCACACUGACGACCGUGGUGUUUUCUGCACCUCCGUGACGGAGGAAUUGGGGAUGUUAUUCCAGCACGGAUGCCUGACAAGCGAGACGGGGACACGUGAGUUGUCACUAAAGGCCAUGUGGGCGCUUCAGCGUCUCUCCGUGCCGCACGUGUUUGAACUUCCGCUAGAAGUUGUUUACAGCUGCGUCUACCCGUGGAAAGAGUGCUGCUGCGGCUGCAGUGGGGGCGAUGCUCUUGCGGCUCACAUGAGCGCUCACGUGGCGGCCCUUGACGAGGCCGCGCGUGCCGGGUUGAGUUGUGCGGAACUCAAUUGGCUGCUGAAGCAGUUUGACGACAUGUAA